AGAGUCCACAAUGGAUGACUGGAAGACACUUACUAUACAGCUUGCUAAUUCACCUAGAGUAGAUAAUAGUGAAUUUUUAGAUGCAACACAUAUUCUACCUCAGAAGACUGACAUAGAUAAGGUUAAUUUUAAUAAACUAAGAGCAUUAAACUGUCCUGUUGUUAGAAUCAAUGUUCAUCAUGCAAUAGUGGUU